CCGAGGGUCUUGGCUCACUGUUGUUGUUGUUGUUUCGUUUCUGACUCAGACUGAAAGUUUCGUUUCUGUGUAAGAGCUCCACCUCCCAGCUGAUUUCUUUAAAAAGACUUGCCUGUGCUUGUUUUCUAGGAGUGUGUACAAGAUGGUCUUGGGCACAGUCGUUGCACUGGGUGCUGGAGCAGCUGGUGCUGUAGCAGCAGCUCCAUUUGUGGUCUCAGCGUUGGGUUUCACUGCUGGGGGCAUCGCUGCAGGAUCCAUUGCUUCAUCGAUGAUGUCAGCAGCGGCGGUUGCUAAUGGUGGUGGCGUAGCAGCGGGAAGCGCCGUCGCUGUCCUGCAGUCCAUCGGGGCUGCUGGACUUACUGCCACUGGCCAGGCCGUCAUGGCAGCUACAGGAGCGGCUGUGGGUGGAGUGGUUGAAUACCUAACUUCUUAAUUCUUUAUUCUUUAGAUUUCUUUAUGCAUGAAUGCCUAUGGAUCAGGUUUUUUCACCUGAUGUUAGAAAUUCUAUCUUGCUAAGACCUUUUGCUUCUUUUCAUCUACAUGAAGGUAAAUAGUGUCUUGCAUACUGCACUGUGUAGGCCUCCUGCAUAACUAAUAAAAUGGCUGCACUUCUA